CAGAUUAUAUUUACCUCAUCAAUCAUAUUCUCUCACUCACAGCUUCAGCAUUUACUCUACUACGAUUCAGUGCAGGGGAAUAGUAUAGAGAAGCCGCAUUAUCUCGAAUCUCUCUACAAUGGAGGCAUUGAGGAUGAAGCUCUUCGUCGUCGUCGCCAUCGUAGCGGUGACACUGAUUGAAAUCACGGCCUUCCACGGCGUCUCCGCAGCAGAAGCACCAGCACCGAGCCCAACCUCUGACGCAUCUGUCUUUGUCCCUACGGCAAUCGCCUCUGUUCUGGCUCUGGCUUUCGGAUUCCUAAUCUGAGCUCUAGCUUGUCUGAUCUGAUCUGAUCUGAUGGAUAUACGAUUCAUCUUCUCCUCGUCAUCGUCGUAAGUAGAUAGAUCUGAUAUAUUGAUCUCAUUUUCAUCCAAUCCAGUACUAGCUCACUCGCUCUUUAUCAUUAUCUAUUAUAAAAUACUCUGCAAUGGAUUCCGUUGGAGAAAGAGAUAAGGUAUUCAUCUUCAUCUUCUUCUUCUUCUUCGUAUCGGUUAUUCCACAUGUUAUCCCCUUUGAAUAUUGUUGAUGUACAUUUUCUGGAUCUAUAUAUAUUUUGGUGUGAUUUAUUA